AUGCCUCUCCAGUCCACUCAGUCGGGCAGGGGCUUCGGCUCCAACAAGGCCGUGGGCACGCAGUCGGAUGGGAAGUCGUUUGAGGAUCUGAGGCACGAAUGUCUGAAGAAUGGCGUCCUGUUUGAGGAUCAAGACUUCCCCGCUGUCGACUCCUCGCUCUACUUCAGCCAGAGUGUGCCUGUCAAUAUUGAAUGGAAGAGGCCCAAGGAGAUCUGCGACAACCCAAAGUUCAUUGUCGGCGAUGCAAACCGGACAGACAUUUGCCAGGGACAGCUGGGGGACUGCUGGCUCCUCGCAGCCAUCGCGUCCUUGACCCUCAAAAAAGACACCAUGGCCCGAGUCAUCCCCCACGACCAGGACUUCGACCGCAGAUACGCCGGCAUCUUUCACUUCCAGUUCUGGCAUCACAACAAAUGGCUGGACGUGGUGGUGGACGACAGGCUGCCGACCGUCAGAGACAAACUCAUCAUGCUUCACUCCGCCUCCAACAACGAGUUCUGGAGCGCCCUGCUGGAGAAAGCCUACGCCAAACUGCACGGCAGCUACGAGUCGCUGAAGGGCGGCAGCACGAUGGAGGCCAUGGAGGAUUUUACCGGCGGUGUCGGGGAAAUCUACGAAACCAAGAAAGCGCCAGACAAUCUGUUCUCAAUCAUGAGGAAGGCGAUGGACAGAGGCUCCAUGAUGGGAUGCUCCAUUGAUCUUGCAGAGUCUGAGGCGAAGACGGCCACCGGCCUGGUGAAGGGACACGCGUACUCCAUCACAGCCCUGGAGGAGGUGACCGUCAGAGGUCAGAAGGUCCAGCUGAUCCGGGUCAGAAAACCCUGGGGUCAGGUCGAGUGGAACGGCCCCCCGAAAGGAUUCGAGCCCAACUGGACCUCCAGUGGAAGACGAUGGUGCUACAAACAGGAAGGCUGA